AUGUCUCACCGGUAUUCAAGAGCGGAAAAAGGAAAAGGCCUUGCUUCUACAAGUACUUGCGUUCGUGAAGAACCCAUUAGAUUUCCAGAGAUUGAUCAUUCGGUACUUAUCGAAGCUAAUAAGCUUACCCUCAUUGGUAGGGUUUUAAACCCUGAUAUGACAAAACCAAAAGCUGUUUUAGCUUUCCUGCCUACCCUUUGGCCGACUGCAGGUCAAAUAUCAGGUAAAGUCCAGGUCGAGAUUAAUGCAUUGCUUCCAUUGGUUACGAGACGUUCUAUUCAGUUCUCCUCAGGUGAAGAUAUUUGGAUCGAGUUUGAAUAUGAGAGUCUCCACAAGCACUGCUUUCUUUGCAUGAGACUAGAUCAUGAAGAACAAGAAUGCGGUUCGGCAAACUAA